CUGGCAGCGGGGUCGGGAGGGGGCUCGGGCGGCGGCGUGCGGGGCAGCGCUGCGCGGGGAGGCUCCCUCAGACAUUACAGACAAAGGAAAUGCAGCCUGAAUGAAGUUUCUUUUGCCAUGUAAAUAUUUUGAAGUUUUGUAAUGGCAGAAGCUAACUCUUCAGAAAGUAAAAGAUCCCGAAUAAGUUUGUCACUUGGUAAAAAGAAGAAAAAAAAGGUGACAGGUACGGGAACACCAUCUACAUCUUCAGCAUCCUCCUCUAUUAUUUCCUUUUUCAACAAUGUACCCCCUGCCAAAAUUACCUGUCCUGUAUGUGGGCAAAUGGUGCCAAGAUACAGAAUAAAUGAACACAUGGAUGAAACAUGUCAGACAUACCAGGGUGAGAUUGGCAUCACUGAUUCAACACUCAGCUCUUUGAGGAAUGAAAGGCCCUCAGCUGCAAGCAUGAACAGUAAUUCCAGCUCAUAUUUUUCAAAAAACCUCUUAAAUCUAGAAACAAGUCCUCCCAAAAGCAGUAUACUGAAAAUAGAAGGGAGUGCAGCACAACAGAUUAGUCCUUAUUUUAGCAAUAGUAGUGGAGUCUGUAGUGUUAACAGUGAACCACAGCCUCAGACAGUUAAAAUAGUCCCUUUGGGAAGCUUGUCAUCCAAACUGUCCAGAAGACGCUGUGUCCAGGGAGGAAAACAGAUUGUGUAUAAAGAGAUCAACUCUUCACCUCCAGCUGUUCACAGUAUAUGCAAAAGUACUGCAGCACAAGAUGAUGAUGAGAUUGACACCAGGAACAGUUCUCAGAAAGAAAACUGGCUUGCUCAGAGAGAGUGCCAGGAUCAUUUUUCAAAGAGAGAAUCUGAAUUUCAAGAAGAAAUAAAUAAAUGUGAUGGAGAAGACUUUGUGGACAUUAUUCAGGUAUCGUUACCCACUGAUCACUGUAGUGGCAAAACGUUACCAAUUAGUACAAGGAGCACCAAAACAGAAAGUAAGUCUGGAGGUGUGGUACUUGGUCCUGAUAAAUCAGAAGCACAUCUAGCUAUUUAUACUUCAGCAAAGCUGACCCAUGAUAUGGAAGUCAAGACUCAGCCUCACACUGAGGUUGUUCCUUCUUCCAAGACAGAAAUGAACUGUGGUACACAAAAUUGCUUAAGCAAGGGCAAUAUACAGGUACUUCCUGUGGAAGUUCAUGGAGACUUUAAAGAUAAGAUUGAUCAUACUUUGUCAGAAACUGUUGGAAAGGUGGAGUUUCAAAAUCAUGUUGGGGACAUUUUAGACAAACUACAAGAGGCUACCUCGGUGCCUGGCUCUCCUCGUCACCCUUAUUACCUCCAGAAUUUUUUAGUGGUGCUGCGAGCAGUCCUGGAGAAUGAAGAUGAUGUCAGACUCUUUGAUGAACAAGAUAUGAAAAUUAUAGCCAAGUUCUGCAAAUUAUCAGUUGGAGGGAAGAAGUUAUAUGUGAGGCUUUUUCAACGCAAGCUGAACUGGUUAAAGGUGAACAAAAUAGAGUAUGGAGAGAUAAGCAUGGAUUUAUCACCAAUAAUUGAAGAACUUGCUGAAGCCAGAUUUCUGCAAACAGAAUCUGAACUGGAAGACCUGUGUGAAGGAUUGGACUUGCUUUCAGCUCCCGAGCUAAAAACACUGGCAAAGGUUUUUCACUUGCCAAACCCAAAUGGUCAGAAACAGCAACUUGUGGAUGAUUUUCUGAGGCUGGCAAAACAACGUUCAGUCUUCAGCAGGAGUCAGGCUGGUAUUGGGACAGUGAUUUUAAAAAGGGUGAAAGAACUGGCUGGAAAAUCUGUCAGGAUCUGUAAAGGCCCUCGGGCUCUCUUUUCUCGAAUUCUGCUGCUAUUUUCAUUGCCUGAGUCAAUGGAGGAUGAAGAAGCUGGUAGUGCUGGUCAGGGCCAGCUUUUCACAGUCCUUAUGGUAAACAUGGGGCGUAUGGUAUUCCCCACUUACACUGUAAAUAGGAAAACACAGGUCUUUCAGGACAGAGAAGAUCUUAUCAGGUAUGCAACUGCUGCUCAUCUGUCAAAUGACAUAGCCACUGCAAUGGUAAAUGGGAACUGGGAAGAAGCUAAUCAUCUGUACAUGUGUGCUAAGGAAACAUGGAAUGACCUGAAAAAUCACCACUCUUUGAGCUGUCACAGAAUUUUACCCGAGUAUCUGCGACGUUUCACCUUUGGCUGGGUGUAUACAAGAAUCCUUUCUCAAGGCGUUGAAAUUUUGCAGAGACUUCACAUGUAUAAGGAAGCGGUGCAGGAGCUGCAGACUCUUCUGUCUCAGGAUGUGUAUUGUACUGACAGCAGAGGGCGAUGGUGGGACCGCCUAGCUCUGAAUUUACAUCAGCACUUGAAAAACCCCAAGAAGGCCAUCACCACCAUUAGAAAUGGGCUGGCAGACCCAUUUGUACGGACUGGGCAUCGUCUCGCUCUCUACCAGCGGGCUCUACGGAUCAGAGACUCACCCAGCUGCAAGCAGUUCAGAUGCCUUGCUCAUGAUCUGCCAGUCAUAACGGUGGAGGAUGUGACACACGUUACAAUCAAAGGAAAUAUGUGUCCUCAGAUGGGAAUGGGAAAAUCUGUAUUUCUCAUGGAGGAUAUUUGUGACAAAGAAGGAGGUGGAGACUUCAGUGCAUCCACAGUCAUGUGCUCAGUUGAGGAGCUGGCAUUAAAUCAUUACAGGCAGCAUGGUUUUGAUCAGGGUAUUCAUGGGGAAGGCUCAACCUUUAUUACGCUCUAUGGUAUUCUGAUGUGGGAUAUAAUUUUCAUGGAUGGCAUUCCUGACGUUUUCAGAAAUUCCUAUCAGAUGUCUCCCCUGGAUUUAUACACUGACAGCUUCUAUGAAAGCAGGAGGGAUGCCAUUGAGGCCAGACUCCAGCAGCUUCACUCAGCUUCCUCAGAGACACUAAGAAAGUUGAUGGCUGACAUCUGGACAGCUCAGGAGGGAAAAGCAGCAGCACUGGUUAGCUGGGGGCGUUUUACUUCCCUUCAGCAAGCUCAGAGCCUUGUAUCUUGCCUGGGAGGAAUGUUUCUGAGUGGUGUUUUUAGACGACUUUCCAAAGAUCUGCGCCACUGCAGGGGAGGACUCCCUGACCUGGUCGUUUGGUGUACCCAUACUCACCAAUUCAAGCUGGUGGAAGUGAAAGGUCCCAACGAUCGCCUGUCCCACAAGCAGAUACUCUGGCUGAGCGAGCUGAAGCAGCUGGGUGCUGCAGUAGAAGUUUGUCACGUGCAAGCUGUGGGAGGCAAGAGCAAACGCCUCAGUUGACAAGGAAGGUCUUCAUGGCAGAAGGGACUUGCUUGGGUGUUGUUAAAGGAACUGGUGUGACACACACUACACUGCUGCUUAUUAAAAGUAGUUUCUGCUUA